UUCACCAACCAAUUGACCAGGAUCUCCUGCGUGGGUCUCACUAUCUAAAAAAUGAAUUACUAUUAUUUUACAAAACCAGCCUCGUUUGGACACCAUUCGACCAUGAUGACCCCGGUUUCAGCACUACCACCACAAAAACCGUUAUGAUCCAUGGUGAUGCGACGCAAAUUAUCGCUCGUGCCCAAAUACUUGGUAGGUGGACGCUUGGAGAAGUAAAUAUUACUGGAACGGCGCAUUUUAUUUCAAUAUCACGUAAAAUUUUGGAAAACCAAGAAUUCGAAAUUUUAACAAAUCCCAACAAUUUCAUAAUCAACUGGGUUCCAUACUUCGAAUUCAAAUCAUCCUCUUGCCCUACCAAGUUCGUCCCCGUUGGGACAACCAACAAUUCAACCAUCUUCGUCGGACGGAAGUUCAACCUGGACACCGCCGAAUUUCAAACCCACCCUACAAAUGUUUCUGAAAUUCAGUAUAAAAUUCCUGUCUCGGAAAUUUUGUCCUCCACCACCACAAAGGUCAAAUUCGAGCUGCACUCUGCCAAACUAGUCGACAUGGAGGAAACGUUCGAAAUCUCCGUCGGAGAAACGGCACAAUUCCACAAUCACGGCGAGGCCCAAGUGCGACGCCCCGUUUCCGCGAUGGAACGAAACGUGGAAACAACCACCACAACUAACGGUCUGGAUGGAACAUUUGGCAUGAUUUUUGAACCUUGUGAUGGUAAACGGUGUGCAAUUAGACCCAUCAAAAUUAUACCGCUGGAUAUCUUCGGAAUAUUUUGGAUUGAGUUGGAAUUCCGAUUUUUCCUUCAGCUCGAGGCCUUCCUAAAUCUCGAGGGUGAUCUGACCAUCACAAAAAUCGAGAGUCGUACAAAAACAAACGUCAUUGAAGUCACGAUUCCUGGAAAAACAUCGGUCCAGGUUUGUCCUGUUUCUGUGACUAGAAAAAGUGAGGCUACUCUCCAGGUCGGGGGACGGUUUCAAGUCGAUCAGUUCCAUAAUGGAUGUGGUGCAAAUUUACUGGAUAAGUUAAUACCACAGAUUGCCAACCACCAAGGAAAUGGGACCGAUGUUCAAGUAGAAAACUUAAGUGUUGGCAGGAUUCGAAAUCAGGGUCCAUACAGUUUUGAGUUUUACGUCCUCCAACUUAACUCGUAUGGAAUGGACUGCCAAAAAAUAAAGGAUAUAAUUUCCAGAAAAAGGGAAUAUUCAAGGGUCGAGAUGCAAAAAGUUCUUAAGACGAUACAUCGAUUUAAAUAAUAUAUAAUUGUUCAUUUCUGUAAAUAAUAAUUUAAAAAAAUCGUCCUAAUGACGCAUGUAUGUCUACAUAAUACCAUCAUAAAAAUAAAAAUGUGCAAAAGUCGGCAUCACUCUA